AUGGAUGUAACAGAAAUAGAUAUGUUGGGAAGAAGAGAUAUUGAUAAACAAAAUCCAUGGAGUGCAGAAUAUCAAGGAGAUGAUUACACAAAUAUAGCAAUAAAUUUUAUCAACACUAUGAAAGAGAAUGGCUUAUUAAUACCUGAUAAUAUGAUGUCAAGUAUAUCAUAUGGAACUUUAGGUGCUAAGCAAAAAAAAGCACUUGAUAUUAUUAUGUCACAUUAUAAUCAAGUUGACAAUGCCAUGCCACUAUACAUGAUAAUUCAAGGAACAGCUGGAACAGGUAAAUCACAUCUGAUUCAUGCAAUUCGUCAAACUCUUAAUGAUGCAUCAGGAUCACAAUGUCCUCCCUUAUUAUUACUAGCACCAACUGGAGUUGCAGCAUUUAACAUUGGUGCAUCAACAAUUCAUUCAACUCUACGAAUACCUAUUGCAGAUUUUGCUGAAUUAGAAGGCACAAGACUCACAAGUCUCCAAGAAGAAAUUCAACAUAUUAAAUAUAUAUUGAUUGACGAAAUGAGUUUUAUUGGACAAAAUUUGUUACAAAAUAUUGAUUCAAGACUACGUCAAGCUUUUCCUGAAAAAUCAAACAUGAGUUUUGGUGGAAGAUCAAUCAUUUUGGUAGGAGAUUUGGGACAACUACCUCCUGUUAGUGACAAACCACCUUAUGAUAGUAAUGUGCGUGCAAAAUUAUUAUGGCAAGAGUUUAAGAUAGUUGUUACUUUGGAUAAGGUGUUUAGACAAGAUGGAGAAACUGAAGACCAACAAAGGUUUUGCCAAUUACUCACAAAUAUUAGAGAUGCACAUCCAACUAUAGAUGAUUGGAAAUUAUUGAUGACAAGAACAGAUGCUUCAUUACAUCCAACAAUUAAGGAGGAGUUUGAUAAUAAUAUUCAUCUAUUUGCAACAAAUGACAAUGUGCAUAACCAUAAUAGAAAAAAGUUAUAUGCAUUAAGAAGACCAAUAGCCCGAAGCAUUGCAAGUAAAGAAGGUAGUACUAAUCCAGCAGGAGGUCAAAAUGAUGAGUUAGAUGUUGAAUUAUUAAUUUCUAAGGAUGCAAGGGUCAUGUUAACAUCUAAUUUAUGGAUAGAAGCGGGUCUUGUGAAUGGAGCUUUAGGAUACAUCUGA